CGAUUCAGUCCUUCCUUAAAUACCGAUUGAAACGGUCAAUUUUUUACAACUACUCAGCACUAACUAUAUAAACAAUAUUAGUCGUUAACCUUGUAGAGGAAAAUACUCAGCAUAAUGGUUAGUUUGAGAACAAUAUCUGUUCUCGCGUUGAUGGUGGUUGCGAGCGAGGCGUAUCAUGUUCUCCUGGUGUAUACGAUGCCGGGAAAGAGCCUGAGUUUGCACGGGGAGGCGUUUGUACAGCAUCUUCUGAAAGCGGGUCAUGAGGUCACCUACGUCACGCCUUUUCCAAUGAAAAAUAAGCCAAAAGAAAACUUCCAUGAGGUAGAUGCCAGUGAGGGCUUGAGUCACAUAUUUGCGGUCGGUGACCUCUUCAAUAUAAGCUAUUUGUUGGACAACAAACAAAUAAUAAACGACCGUGAAGAGCUGAUGCUGUACGGGGUCGAGGUUUCCCGCCGGACCCUCGAGAACCCUAACGUUCAGAAACUUCUUAACGACAAAACGCAAAAGUUCGACGUGGUCAUAGGAGAAUAUUUUAUUACAGAACUGACAGCUGGAUUAGCAGCGUAUUACGAGUGUCCAAUGAUAUGGAGCUAUUCCAUGGGGGUAGACUCUUUCUCCCUGAAGCUAGUCCAUGAACCUGUCAAUCCCGCCUAUUACCCGGAUUACGUAUCUUUUAACAUACCGCCAUUGACAUUCUUACAACGAGUUGAGGAGCUAUGGACACUUGCGACCAACUUUUGGAUUAAAUGGUACACAAUUUUACCCCACGAGUACGCCAUAUACGACAAUAUCUUCAAACCAUUGUUUGCAAGCAAAGGAAAACCUCUGCCUUCGUACGACGACAUACGGUACAAUGCGUCACUCCUGUUCAUAAACACCCACCAGGCCGUGGGUCGCCUGGCCGCCAUCCCGCAAAGUGCCAAGCUGAUCGGGGGCCACCACAUCGAUGGACAUUUUGAACCUUUGCCAAAAGAUUUACAAGAAAUCAUGGACAAAUCCACAAACGGCGUGGUAUACUUCAGCAUGGGUUCGAUAUGGAGGAGCGCCAGUAUGCCGGACAGUUUGAGGAACAACCUCUUGGCCAUGUUCGGAUCCCUGAAGCAGACUGUCAUUUGGAAAUUUGAGGAGGACAUCCCCAACUUACCGAAAAACGUACACACUUUGAAAUGGGCCCCACAACAUGCCAUAUUAGGUCAUCCGAACUGCCUCGUGUUCAUCUCACACGGAGGACUCGGCUCAUCAACUGAGGCGAUACACUUUGGAGUACCAACAAUAGGAGUACCGAUAUUCUUCGACCAGUUCUUGAAUAUAAACAGAGCUAUAUCCAAUGGAUAUGCGCUCAAUGUUGAGCUGAGUCAUAAUUUGCAUAAAGACCUCAAAGUGGCUAUCGAAACUAUUGCUAGCAAUCCCAGAUUCACCAGGAAAGCAAAGGAGUUGUCGGAGAUAUACCACGACCGUCCAGUGAAGCCGGCGGCGGAGAUCCCUCACUGGGUGCGCCACGUGGUCCGCACGCGCGGCGCCCCGCACCUGCGCUCCCCGGCACUCAUGGUGCCCUGGUACCAGAAGUCAUACCUGGACCUUCUUGCACUAGUUGUAUUAGUUAUUUUGUCAAUUGUUUUUGUUGUAAAGAGGUUAUUGUGUACAGUGAAAGACACGAAAAAAGUAAAGAGAAAUUAAUUAAGUAUGUAAGAAAUUAGUCAAAUUGUUAUUUUGAUUUCUAAGGAUAUUUUUAGUUAGCAAUAAAGUUACUUAAGUAAUAAAAAAAA